AAUCAAACGUCCGGGUUGGAGGCAACGGCGCCAAAAGCGAAACAACAUCCACUUUACCACCGCCAUAACUGAGCGGUUGGAGUCGUUUGUCUCGCCUUUAUGUGAUUGUUAGCGCUUUGAAAAUGGACUCCGAGUCGGAGUUUUUCGCCAAGUUGAAGAAGGUGUGCCGAACGCUGGAAACGGAGACGGCCCGUCUCCAGAAAACUUUCGAAAAUCGUCACGACAGCCCGGACAGCGAAGCGGCAGCGAAAGCCAUGAGAGCCUAUCACGACUUCAACUGUGAGGUGUUGGGCAUCAAGGGUCAGCUGCAGGAUGAGCUGAGAAAGCACAAUGCGCGCAAGACAAACGUGGACACCUUCAUCCACGCCUGCAGGGCCGUGCAGAGCAACAUUGCCCACGACGUGUGUGCGCUCACGGAACACUUUGAAAAUUACGGCUACCAGGCUCCCACGGAUGCUCGCGUGCCUAACGAGUCGGGUGAGAACGAGCCUGAAAAAGAUGAUGGCGAAGAUGAUGUGGUGGCAGAGGAAUGCAGCGGGCCGCUAAUGUCGCCUCAGGCAGCGGCGCCUCCCAGCCACGACGGCCCCAUGCGCACUCCCAAGUUGUCCGACUUCGGCCUGUGCAAGCUGGAUCUCCGCCGGACCUUUUCCAAGAACGCCGAGUCGCCCACCAUGCCUGAGCUGAGCCUCCCCUGCCUGGAUGUUUCCGCGCUGCCUCCACCCACGCCCACGUGCAUGCUGCGCAUGGAUGAUGAUGAGCUGCCCAUGCCGCAAAUGAAAGACUUUGGCUUCUCCGAAAUCACCAUGGAUCUCUUCAAGAAGAUGAGCGAUGACAUAAGCCCGGCGCAGGACCUCGUAAAACCGCCAGUCCCCACUGUGUGUGAAAGUUUGCAAGAAGUAGAAAGUUUGAAGAUUCCUGAGCCACCUGCGUUCUCCACGCUGGAGUUCAAGAUCCCCAAAACAAACGGCUGUUCUUCAGCGUCACCUCCGCGAUUUGUGUUUGACGCCCAAUCUCCGAGCGGCGCCGGCCAUCUGCCCGACACCCCCGAAGUGCCGGUCUUCAAAACUCCCGCUUUCAAACGUCUACUCAGCAGCAAAAAGCUCGAGCCCACGGUCGCCACGGACUCCAUACCGUUUCUUGAGACGCCUCGCAGCGCUUCCGUCCUGGACCGAAAGGCGUGGGAAUACGACGUGCCCGAAUUGCAGAUCCCGGGCAUGCAGGAGUGCGCGGACUUGGACGGAGUCACAGAGGACUUCCACCUCAGCCCCCCUCGAGUUACAAGGGACAGCUAUGAGAUUAGCACACCCGAGUUUCCCCAUCUGAGCUCCGUCACGCAGGACAUCUGCAAACUCGUGCUGGAGUCUCAGAAGCCGCUGAGAAAGCCACAACGCAAUCGCAGAUGUGUGAAUGCCGUGUCUGAGCAAGAGUUUCGAAGCUUGCCGGCGUUUUUGAAGCAGAUUACAUUGAACGACCUCAACCAGGCGGUCCAUCACAUCAAUGAGUACUUGGUCCAGUGUCCAGGGGAGGACACGCGGGAGUUUAGGAUGGAGGAGCUGAAGAGGAUCACGAAAAUGGGCAUCAAGGCACCCGUCUACAUGCUGUGCUUGAGUGAGCUGAGGAGGCUCCAGCACGUGGAAGGAGCGCGGAACAACGCCAUCUACACGCUCAACCUAUGCAGCUGAGUCCUGCUUUGGCCGCAAGUGACACUUAAUACACACACACUUUUUCAUCCACAAGAUCAGCGUGAGCAUUUGGAUUUGUAGAUUGUGUUCCACUUGCCACUAUUGGUUCAGAUUUUGAAAUUGACAUUGUUAGUCCUUAUUCAUUUUUAUUUGGAAUUUGAAACAAUUCCAACUGGAUUCGUUCAUUCAUUAAAAAACAUGCGUGACAAAA